AUGGCAGCAAAGUAUUGUUCGAAGUUUAAUUUAUUAUUUUUUGUGCUAUUUUUAAUUGUGAUUCUGCAAGACAGUUGUGAUGGGGAAAAAAAGAAAUCGGAGCCAAAGAAGAAAAAGGAGAAAAGCUCUAAAAUUGGUAAAAAUGUGAUGGAUUACUCUGAGGCAGACAUGCACAAACUCCUCGACCAAUGGGAUGUAAGCACAUCACGGCGUUCUUAAGCUUAACAUUUUAUUGCUCACUUAUUCUUUGCUUAUUUGACCAAAUUGCACGUUGAUGUACAUUCUCUUUUCUUGGAUGCGUGAACAAUGCAGAUUAUUUUUUGUUUUCAUGUUGACAGGGUCUACAGGUGGUUGCAUUCCACUAUGCUUGUUCAACUCAGUAGUCCUUAAGGUCUUGACACCUUUUACUUCUGAAUACAGCCGACAAUUUAAGACGCAUUUUAUGAACAAUUUUUUUUCCACGAAUAUACAUCACAAACUACAACUGCUGAUUAUUGUGCAUAAUCAGGUCAAUCAGGGGUUUAAGUUUUGUUGACUUGCUUGUCAAUCAACAACAACAUAAACAAUAGUUUAUUACUAUUCGUAUUCAUAAUAUUAUGAUGCAGAAUUCUGCAUUUGUGUCUUUUACUUAACCCAGUUUUUAAAAGCUAGUUGCUUAAUUAUAUGCUGAAUUACUAUGGAUUGUCUCCUUUCUUAAAUUACUCUUUUGCCAAGAUUAAGGGCAUAAAUUAUUUUUGACAGAGAUAUAUUGCAAGCCACUAAACCUGGAGGGAGUUUUUUCCCCCCACCCCACCUCCCUCUUGGUUAUUGGAGUUGUUUUUUACAGUAACGACCUUUGCACCCUGUUGCUUAUUGCCUUGGACAAAACUUUUUCUCGUGUCUUUAUUAAACACAUGAGACAACAAGCAGCAUAUUCACUGACAUGAGAAUGAUAAACUAGCAGUUAUAUCAAUUUAUGAUUUCUUGAUACAGGGCAAAUUUCCUGGUUUCCUGCAUAAGUUGUCUCGAUUGCCCAGAUAUAAGAUACUUUUGACCUUUUUUUGUCUUAGGCUGAAAUCUAACCUUCCUCAGGGGAGGAAUUAAGGAUUUUUUUUUUAGUGUAGUUGGCUGGUGCAUGGCCUUCUGUGAAGGAGGUCUCAAGAUCAGUUCCAAGGUGUGACCUCAAAUCCUUCUUUUGGCUUCUUUCCUGUCCAAGUAGUUUUAUGUAGCAGUGAAUACCUGUAGUCUCCAAAUUGCAUAUCAUCUUCUGAGGUUAUCACUGCUGAGCCAGAAAUAUGUUCCCUUAUGAACCUGUAUAAGUAAAUUUAUACUUUAAAUUUUUCAGGAAAAUGAUGAAGAUAUUGAUGAAGAUGACCGCUAUGAUGACUUUGAUCCUCGUAAACCUGCAUCACCAGGACCAGCUUUUGAUCCUACCCAGUUCAAAGAUGAUCCAAUGGCCCUGAUGAAGUUGGCUAAGAAGGGAAAAGUUUUGAUGAUGUUUGCAACAGUGGCUGGUUCACCAAGUAAGAAAGACACUGAGCAAAUAACAGCAAGAUGGCAGUCCAGUCUUUUCAACGCACAGAUUCAAGUUGAAAGGUACAUGUUACAAUAGUUGCAAUAAGUCAUUGUAAUAAGGUUGAUUGUGUAGUGGCAUGUUGGUGUAAAUAAUUAUGGUUAUUGCAUUUUACUUUUAGGGGAAGUUCAGGUUAGAGCCUUGCUUGUCCUAUAGCCAUUGGAUUGUUCAUUUUAGGUUUAAAAAAAAUCUGCUUCAUGUUUCUUUCUUCAUGAGUAUAAAGCCACUCGGCUUCGCCUCGUGGCUUUAUACUCCAAUAAAACCUUUCCACUCAUUUAUUAAACAUUACUUAAUCAACAGCUGCUAUAUGUAUAUGGCCUUCAUCAUAAGUAGGUUAUUAUCAACUACAAUCGAAUCAUUCCUUGCCCACCUAGACUAGCUACAACUAUUUGCGGUGCCAGGACACUUGUAAAAAUAUAGUUUAGAAAAUUUAUGAUAAAGUCUUGAAGUCUAAACUACAACACUGCAGGUGUUUGACUAGACACUGUUAUUAUUUUCAUCCUAGGUACCUUGUUUCUGAUGACCGUGUACUAUUGAUGCUCAAAGAUGGCAGUCUUGCAUGGGAUGUUAAAGACUACUUAAUAACACAACCAGACUGUCUGUUGGUGGAGUUUGAAAAUCAGCAGUUUCCAGGAGCUGGGGACAAAACCAAGUCAUCAAAAACAGAACUCUGACAUACUAAGGCUUCUUAAGAAACAAUGAUAAAAAAUGUUAUAAGCUUCCUACACCAUCUUUGUAGGGAAUGUAAAUGGAGAGAGGUCACUCCCAUCACAGGAGUAGACCGCAAAACAUUAAAUAUUUUUUAACGUUUUUUUUUUCUCAAAAUUGCUGCUCACAAGGUGGAAAGCGCCAGCCUAGAAAGCUCUGUAUUUUUAG